AUGAGCCAUGGAUCACAAAUGCCGGGACAGUUGGACAAUGAGAGUCAGGAUCUCACCCAGACCCCAGAGGAGCUUGAUCCUUUCCAGACACUGAGCUCAAGACUGCCCAACACACAAUGGAAGGCAUCUUCGCGAAACGUAGAGGAGACACUUGCUAAGGGUCUGUCCAAUGAAGAUCUAUGGAUGUUGAUCCGAAGAUUUAACAAGCAAAUCUACCAUGUGAAAGCGGUUCAUGACACCGCUACUCUGAAUUUGGAUCUCAAUCGCACUCAAAAUGAACAGUUUCCACCCGAAAAGUUGCGUAUGACGCUAGAGAGAUUUUAUGUCUCCGUGGUCGUCGGAUUAACCAAGUUUUUUCGCCAUAUCACUCGUCUGAGAUCAUGGAAGGAACCAGUUAGAACGACAAUCUUCUGCAUGGGCUAUUUUGUUGCUUGGGCUGUAGAUCUCUUGGUUCCAACCUUUUUGUGUCUUGUUGUAGCCUUGAUAAUGGUUCCGUCUGUUCGGCUAUUACUAUUCCCUGGGUUGGCAAAGUCAGACAGCUCAAAUAGAAGUACUUCUACAGAAGGACAAGUUCAAUUCGAGGAUAGCCUCACAGGUGCCCCAGAAAACCACAAGGGCGAAGCCGCCGAAGAAGAAGCCAAGAAUCUGGUUGACAGCUUUGCCACCGUUGCUUUGGAGAGUGCAGCGGCAAAAUAUGGCCAGAAGGUGACUGAGGAUGACCCAGACAGACCUGCACUCAUUGAAAGCUUAACAGCUGCCGAGGCUGCAGCCGGAACAUCGACUGGUGAUUACCCCGAAGAUACGACUAAGACGCCCAUGAAAAAGAAAGUUUCAUAUGCGACUGAUAAUGUUAUGCGCAUUCUGAGCGAUAUCACGGACAUCUAUGAGAAAUUCGCCAACAUCCUUUCUCCAACACCUCCGUUCUUUUUAGUCACAUCCAGACUCCGCCUUGCGAGCGUCUUUACCUUCGUGUCUAUCAUUGUACCCUUCAUAUCUAGUUAUUGGAUCAUCAAACUCGUUGGCUUCGCACUUGGACUAGGCUUCUUCGGUGAACCAAUCUUUACCUACACCCUUGAUCUCCUGAACGCUAAAGUACCAAACUGGAAAGAUCACCUCGAUGUACAAAAGACAAUUUUGGCUGGCGUUCCCACAAAUGCGCAGCUCACUUUGACUCUGCUCCGAAUCGGCGAAAUCAAUUCUUCGCCACUACCACCUGCCCCAUCAUCCGAUGAUAACGAGCCAGCUUGGCCCAUCCGACGCAAAAAGCCACAGGCAGCGAGCUCUACCGAUGUCAGCAGGCAGGGGUUUUCUGUUGACCUCCAGUCGACAAACGCCACCGCAUCGCUUCCAGAAACAAAGGUGCCAAAGAGGAAAUUUGUGUUCAAACUCCUUAAGUUUUUUCGGCGCACAAUUGCUACGGCAAUCAAGGGCCACAUCGCCUUUGACCGAGCUAUGGCCAUUGCGGGAUCAGCACAUACCAAGAACCUGAUUAGAAUGCUGCAAAAUGGACACUUAACCGCAACGCCCUUCGGGCCCUUGAAGUUCGAUGCGAAGUUCGAACGCAAGAGAGGUGCGGCGGUCAUCGAUUCGUCAAAAGAGCCUCCUAUCUUGUAUUUUACCACUUAUCAAUCCGCUGGACUGGAUGAUUUACGCAUCGAAAGUCGGAAGAAGGGAACUGUCCUUUUCCAGAUUCCUGUCACUGAAAUUAAAGAGCUGAAGAAGACGGAGGGACUGGGAUGGAAGGGGAAAUUGAUUGUUGAAUUGACUGCUGGGAGCAAGGAAGCUGCAGAUGGUUUGGUUGUUAGCGGAAAUGAACUGGGCCAGUCUUACCAUCUUACUGUUUUGGGAAAGUCGUUGACACUUGACACCUACAUGGAUGUCUAG